AGCACCGUCUGCAGCGGGCUUUAAAUAUUUGUUUUAUCAGAGAGAUCAUCAAGGUUAGAAAGAGAAACUCUGAUGCAUUACAGAGUGCAUGAAACAAGGAUGGAUUAUAGCAUACCAACUUUUCGACACUAAAUAUUUUAUUUUUCACAGUUGGUAGACCUGGGAAUCUAUAGCCACAAAAGAGACGGAGAGCGCAGAUAUUUAGAGAGAGACACCGUCGAACUGAGCACACCAUGUUAUCCCUUCCACCAUGCUCUCGACAGUCUCGACCACGGUCUUGUAUACAGGUCCGGGGACUGCCUCUAAUUUUCGAUGGUGGGGGUAGGUCGCUUAGCGAGGAAAUUCUCUUGGUGGCGAGGGACGCUGGAGGCCGGGAGGGAUAUCUGUCUGUCUUUGUCCCAUGCACGGUAAACUCGACAUAUCCCCUCGGCCUCCAGCGUCCCUCGCCACCAAAAGAACUGAGACUGCAACGCUGUGGCCAUUACAAGAACUACAAAAUUUCUUCGCUAAGCGACCUACCCCCACCAUAUGAGUUACCAGACCUGUAUGUAAGACCGUGGUCUCGACCCACACGUACGUUACGAUGUACAUGUGUGAGUGUGCGAUCCGCUCGAAUAUUGUUCAGCGGAUUGUUGAGCGUAUCAAAAACGGCGGAUCGUCCGUGAUUGGUCGACGAGUUGAUACGCCCGAUACGCGCGUAUCGCGAUACGCGCCAUGGGACGGCACCCUAACCGAAAUACCUCCUAUCAUGUGCGUAUCAUGCGCAAAACGGAACGCACCUUUGCAUGGACUGCUUUUUUCUGCGCCAGCAUGCGUUUUUAACCUAAAAAUAAUGUGUUUUGUUUGCAUUUACAUAUGUAUUCGAGUAAUUAUGCCAUACUGUUGUUGUUAAUAU